AUGGGGGAGCUGCUCGUACUCGGUUCGCUCUCCGCGAUCGCUUUUCUGAACAUGCCGAAGCGCGUCGACGAGACUGGGCGCAAGGUGCCACGCCGAGACUCGGUCCCGCGUCCGAGGCUGGACCCGAUGCAGGCGACAGAGGUGACGAACGGUCGCAUGAGUGACUACCCGGGGGUGUACAAGCGACCAGGCUACUAUGCGGAGAACGCGCGGGACUUUGAGCGCAGGGCGGACGCCAUGUCAGCAGCAUGCAUGCCGGCGAGGGAGGGCUUUCAUGCGGCGACAGGCGGAGUGGUGAAGGGAUACGUGCCGGGGCUGAAGAGGGCGACGGAUGUGAUAGGCAGCAGGCGAAUGAUGGGAAGCCAAUUCGUGCCGUUCGUCAAGAAGGGCAACACUUACAACAGCUACAUCUCUGACAGGACACUGGAGACCUUCACGGUGUCUUUGAUCGCCGGACUCUUCGGUCUCGGCUUCAUCGGCAUCGCCAUCGCUCAAUUCGUCCAGUACGGGCGUCUGAAGAAGGUGGCGGGCACCAACACCGCGCUCACGGCGGUCACCCUUCAGGUCAUGCAUCUCGCGAUCGCGCUGCUGAUCAUGGGGCUGAUACUGACGGUCCUCGGGUUCGCGACGGCGUUCAAGCACGUCGAAGAUGCCGCGGGAGAAGGUGGACACGCGGACGUGGACGACGAGAGGAACUACUCCCUGGACGCAUUCCCCGACUUCGAGGAUCGGAUGCUGGCUCAGCAGCUGCACAACCUGGACGGCAGGUCCGCGCUCAUCAACGCACAGAAGUCCGUCUUGCGGGGCCGGCUGAACGCGGCACGACCGACUGGGGGCAAGGUGCCAUGCCGAGGCUCGGUUCCGCGUCCGAGGCUGGAUCCGAUGCAGGCGAUAGAGGUGACGAACGGUCGCAUGAGUGACUACCCGGGGGUGUACAAGCGACCAGGCUACUAUGCGGAGAACGCGCGGGACUUUGAGCGCAGGGCGGACGCCAUGUCAGCAGCAUGCAUGCCGGCGAGGGAGGGCUUCCAUGCGGCGUCAGGCGGAGUGGUGAAGGGAUACGUGCCGGGGCUGAAGAGGGCGACGGAUGUGAUAGGCAGCAGGCGAAUGAUGGGAAGCCAAUUCGUGCCGUUCGUCAAGAAGGGCAACACUUACAACAGCUACAUCUCUGACAGGACACUGGAGACCUUCACGGGUGGAGACUCUCUCGCGGGCGCUUUCUUGGCCAAGGGGUCGGCGAACGAGCCCGAUCAGAACAUGUUUGCGCCGGCUCCGGAUAGGCAGCCCGCCAGGUUGGUCUCGAGAGACGUGAGCCGCGUGAAUCUGCCGAACUAUUACAACAACCAGACGAACUUCGACCCCGACAGAGUCGGCCCCGGAGUGGGCAUCCCGGCCGAUCAGCUGGUCUCCAACGAAGGGCUCCACCCUAUGCUGCGCAUCCUGCCCGACGCAAUAGACGAGAGCAGGCACAACCAACUGCCGGCGCUGGUGAAGUCCGGGGCCAGCGCGUUGCGCUCUCAGGCUGCCCGCUUCGGCACCGUCGACGUCAACAGGCCGCACCUUUUGGCGCAGCGGGACCCGAUUCCUCAGGUCUUCUCGGGUCCGAGACCGUCUGCUCUACGGCCGGAAGACAUCUCGGCCUUCUCCGUGGGCCAGCGAGGGUUGGGAAACGCCACGUCGGAGUCCGGUGGCCGGCUCGGAGCUGCCGCUUCGCACAUCCCGGCGCACGAGCCGCGCUGCAUCGCUGAGAACGACCCUAGGCGCCGCGCCGUGGGGCCCGAGGCAGUGUUCGCAUCCGGCGGGGGCAUGAACGCCGCUUCCGAGACCGCUCAUGCGGCGGGAUCGUACGCUCGCGGGGUGGGGUCUUACCGCGACCGCGCGACGCGCGAGGUUUCCUCGUCUCUGACCUUCGGUCAGCCGGGGCAGCAGCUAUCGAGGGGUUACGUGCAGGGCAGCCAAGGCAAGCCGCUGACCAACCGAGCUGCGGACUCGGUGCUCGGCCUGAAGGUGGAGGGCGUCGGAAAGCGCGGUCAGACGGGCGGGGCAUCGAAGAUAGUAUCCGACGGCUGCGCGGUGCAGACUCAGCGCGGGUUGUUUGCCGAUGAGCGCACAGAGCACGGGCGAGCGCGGAUCUCGUCGGCUGCUCUCGCCCCGCGAGACACCGUGCCGGAGAACAACCGCAGUCUGAACGCCGCGCUCGUCGGCUACGACGUUCGGAACGGAAACAGGGCUGGAGCGGCCGGCCCGGUGACAGAUGCACGGACGUUCCAGCUUGCGAACCACCGAGACUCGGAAAACCUCAGGUUCUCCGGUCAGAACCGCGGAUUCAGGAACGGCUCCGGCCCCGGCGAGACCACGAGCGGGCCGACGGGAAGAACCGACUCCUGCCGUGCGCCGGCGGGCAACCGUUCGGCCUGGGACUACGCCGCAGUCCCAUGCACCUCCACGACCAUGAAGCCGGACCCCGCUUACAACGACCGGAUCGACGAGUUGGACAUGGCGGAACGGCAGCUCGCGUCCAACGAGCUGAGCAUCCCGUUCUACGACAUGGUGCGCCGUAGCAGAGAUACAUAA